GGUAAUACCCACGUGACUUAAACAUGAAUUUGGCUCUAAAUAGAAGUGUCCAGAGGGGCGGCUGUCAAAUUCUGGGUCUCAACAAGUACAGUAUACAACAAUGGUUGAAGACCAUCGACACGAUCAUAUACGAUGGCGAUGGUGUUCUUUGGAACAAUGACAAAGUCCUUGAUAAGGCACCAGAGACCUUCAAUGCCCUUCGAGCCAUGGGAAAGAAGGCCUAUAUAUGCACCAAUAACUCGGUCACCUCGGUAGAUGGAAUCUUCAGGAGGGCGCAGGAUAUGGGUUUUCUGGUGACCAAAAAGGAGAUCCUAUCAUCGGGCCAGACCUUGGCCCGAUUCAUGAAGGAGAAAAAGUUCAAAAAGAAGGUAUACGUGGUGGGAGGCCAGGGAAUCGUCGAUGAACUGAAACUGGUAGGGAUCGAGUGCCUGCCCUUGGAUCAUUCCAUGCUGCAGGGAUUCUCAAUACCAGAUCACAUCCAUAGCAUCUUUUUGGAUUCCAAUGUGGGUGCUGUGGUGGUGGGCAAUGAUAAGGAUUUCAAUUCGGUAAAGUUGACAAAGGCCUGUUGCUACCUCAAGGAUCCCGAUGUCAUGUUCGUGGCCACAAAUCGCGAUAUGUCCUUUCCGGCGGCUCCUGGACGAAAUGUUCCCUGUGCCGGGGUUAUGGUGGCUGCCAUCCAGGCUGCCAGCCAAAGGUUGCCUUUCACCUGCGGUAAACCCAAUCCCUAUAUCUGCAUCGAUCUGAUGCGUCAGGGUAUUAUUCAGCCGGAGAGGACUUUAAUGAUUGGAGAUACUUUGUAUACGGAUAUUCAGUUCGGCUACAAUUGCGGCUUUCAAACUCUGUUGGUGGGCAGUGGGGUUAGUAGCUAUCAGGAUGCCCUCGAAGCUCAGGCAUCUAAGGUUCCUUUAGCCUAUCAGCAAGUUCCUGAUCUUUUUGUUCCAAGACUCUCCAAUCUUUUGCCCUUUCUCCCUUCUAGAAACAGAUAAGUUGUAGCUUACAUCGCCAUUGUUUAUGAUGAAUAAAAUUUUAUA